CGGCUCGCGGCAGGGCCCGGGCCGCCGCACGCCGCCGAGCCGCAGCCAUGGACGGAGGGAAAAAGCGCCCCGAUAAAGACACAUCAAAAGGAAAAAAGGCAUCUUACGAUGAUUCAGGCGAAGCAGAAGAACAGGAAAAGCCGAAAUCCCACACACGUAACACAUACAGACUGGAGCCACGUACCAAAGUUCAGGAUGGGUUGAUAAGAGACAAAGCUCAAGCGAUACUAACGAAUAAACUACAAGGAGCCACAUACAAUGGAGCUUCUAGUCCCUUCUUGUGUGCUUCAAUCUCAGAAGAAAUAUUAAAGGCUGUGAAGGAGCUGGACUAUGACCGUUACAAGUAUGUGGUAUCAGUGCUAAUUGUGGAAAAGGCAAAUCAGGCAAUGAUUGUUGCCAGCAGAUGCCUCUGGGAUGUGGAAAGAGACACUUGGGUUUCAGCUAAAUGUGAAACUGAUACAUUUAUUGCACUGGCUUUGGUAAUGGCUUGUUAUUACGACUAAAACUCUGAAAGUCACAGCCGCAUUUGUGAAUCACAGUAAAUGGUAUAUUUGAAAAUUUUCAAAACAUCAUUAUUUUAGUAUUCUUUUUUGUUCUGUUGCUAUUGGCAGAUUCCAACUGACAUAUAGUUGAGGUAAUUUUGCUCAGUUUUGCUCUGUUAAAAAAAAAAGACACCAAAAAAAACUGCGUUGGAAAUGUUUAUGGUUAAGUACAUAUGGGCUUCAUCUGUUGUAAAGCUCUGCUGUGGAAGUGGGAGCAGCUGGUGUAAGGCCAAACAUUGCAAAAUUUUGAAUGUU